AAAGAAUAGCGGGUUGAACAAACUUGAAUUCUCUAUUUAUUUUCGUUGUUUAAUUAAUUAAUACGAGCUGCACACCGAAACUAAUCGAAAACAUAUAGUACCCAAAAAUCAUAAAUGAUCACAAGGAUGACUGUACUUUUCUAGGCUUCUUUGUGGAUUGAUCCCCGGAACGAGUUCUACUGUUUGCAGAUAGAUCCACUGAAAAGGGUCCAAGAAAAGAAAACUUGGCAACAAUUGAACUACAAUGGCAACAACAAUAAAACAUUACGCCGUGAGGAUUUUGAUCCUGCAAACCUGGUUGAUUAUUGUCUUGUUUUUUCUGCAAAUCUGGUAGGUAAUCAACGUGAUCACGAGCAUGCUUUGGGGAGGAACGGUAGGUGAAGGAAAUAGGAAUGAUUCAGUGGGAAGUGAGUUCCGGGAGCUAGUCGGUGAGAUAACGGAGUUGCUCGGAAAACCGAACUUGUCGGAUUUUUUCCCAGCUAUGGAGAGGUUUGAUUUGCAGGGGAUUCAGAAAAGGAUGAAGGGGCUGCUGGAGAGGUUUGAUAGGAUGUUCGCGAGGAUAAUCGAGGAGAAGAGGACGGAGGGCGGGGAGAAGGAAGGAGCCAAGGAUAUGUUAGAGUUUAUGCUGAAGCUGCAGGAGGAGGAGGCUGAGGGGAACGUGGCUUUUACUAUGACUCAUGUCAAGGCUCUUCUAAUGGACAUGGUCGUUGGAGGGACGGAUACUACAUCAAACACGGUGGAAUGGGCACUGGCCGAGAUGAUGAACAAACCUGAAACCCUGAGAAGAGCUCAAGAAGAACUCGAACAUGUUGUAGGCAAGAACGGCAUCGUCGAGGAAUCCCACCUUCCAGAGCUGCACUACUUGCACCUCGUAAUAAAAGAAGUCCUCCGUUUACACCCAGCACUCCCUCUGAUGGUCCCGCACUGCCCGAGCAAACCUUGCACCGUUGGAGGCUACACAAUCCCGGAAGGCUCUAGAGUUUUCAUCAACGUCUGGGCUAUUCAUCGCGACCCUUCGAUUUGGGAGAAUCCGUCAGAAUUCAAGCCUGAGAGGUUUUCGGAUACGAGCAGGAAGUGGGAUUUCAGUGGAAACGACUUCAGUUAUUUUCCGUUUGGGUCGGGGAGAAGGAUUUGUGCAGGGAUUGCGAUGGCUGAGAGAAUGAGUUCAUAUACUUUAGCCUCUCUUUUGCAUAGUUUUGAAUGGAAGUUGCCUGAGGAUGCGGGGCUUGAUCUAACUGAAAAGUUUGGGAUUGUUAUGAAGAAGGCUAAGCCUCUGAUUGCGAUACCCACACCAAGGUUAGAUAACCUUGAUCUUUAUUCUUAGAUGCGUUUAAAUGUUCAAAAUAAAAGUUUGCGUCCUUUAUGACUGUUAUACAUUUUGAUUUCCAUGAUGUAGUUGCGAUCUUAUUCGAAAGAAACGUAUCCUUUGUAAUCAUU